UGUAUUAGAACUGAGCUCAUUGAACGCAGAACAAUAAGUGCGUGAGUAGUUCUCAAUACAGCGGAUUGGAUUAAUAAUGCACCUUGGUUGUGUAACCAGAAGCUAGCUUUAUCCCACGAGCUCGUCUGACCUAGCCAGUCCAGUUCUGUGGGUCAUGACGGGAGCAGUAUGGUGAAAUUAAGGAAGGAAGGCACACUAUCACACAUGACUGUCGAAAACAGAGAUAUUGAUUCGCCAUCGAUCACAUGGAAGGACUACGUCGAUGUGUUCAUAAAUGGCGGAUUUGCCUCAAAGAUCUCAAUUCACAACAUCGUCGACGGGAAAGUAUGGGCAGCGUCACCUAACGCCGCCUUCCACCCUGUAGAGGUCAAGGACAUUAUUGACGGCUUCGAUGACCCGUCGAAGCUUCGAUUACAAGGGAUAGGCUUGGGGGGUAGGGUGUUCACCCUCACUAGGGUGACCGGACCCAGUAUCAUGGUGGGGCGGGACGCCCGCACCGCUGCCGGAUGUGUGAUAUUCAAGGCUAACACGUGCGUGUUGAUCGCUUUAUACGAAGAGGGCACUCACCCCGGGAGCUGCUACAGCACCAUGGUCAAAGUUGGGGAUUAUCUUCUUGAUAGAGGCUUCUGACUUUGAGUAGCAUUAGGAUUUUCUUUGCUCUAUCCAACAAAGAUUAUUUGACUCUAUUCGCUUCUUGAUCCUACCGGAUAAGGAACAUGUAGAGAUUACUACACCAGUAGCUGUCAGAUACCAUUUACCUUACAACGACUUGUUUCAGAACGUAUCUAAGGAGCAAAAGGAGAGUAACCUUCAUAAACCGUUCUUAGCUCAUCGCCAUGGAGUAGCUAGUAACGGACCUGGAAUUCGGCCUGACACAUAUGUUUGAUAAGUGUUAUCUCAAAUAGGUUUCAACCCGUGAAUAUCCGGGGUAGAAUAGGUCUUCAGCGACCCAUGCUUGUAAUAAGAGGCGACUAACGGGAUAGGUAGUCAGGUUCGCUGACUUGGUUGAUGCAUGUCAUCAAUCACAAUUGCGUGGA